AAUCGCCCUCAGGUCUUGGUGCAAAUUAGGUAUUAGCAAUCUCUGCUAAACGAAAUUACGAAUCAAUCCGAAUGCAACUUCUCUAGUAAGUCAAACCUCUUCAGAACAUUGUUGUCUUUAGUGCAUGUAUACCAUGCGCAUUUGAACUUGCCAUAGUAAUCAAGUUAUAAUUGCCAGUGACCAUAUCCUUGCUGCAUUUCAUUACCAUGCAAUCAACGCCACCUUUUGUGGCGUCAUUAGAAACCUAUUAUUUCUGGUGUAUUUGUCCUGAUAUCUGCAAAUUUGUAUGAUGCAUCGAUGAUAAGAGUAAAACGGUUUGGUUCUUCCUAGGAACAUGGGAGAGCAGCGUGAGGUCCUUGGUCAUGAUUGCCCUUACGCUUUUACCAUUCGAAAGAAGUGAUUUUCACGACUGAUAUAAAAUUAAAUUCAUUAUAAAAUUAUUAUUACCCUUAAAAUUUCCUUCAAAGUGAUAAUCAGUCGGUAUCUACAUCUUAGUUUUCCCUGUGUUUACGGAUCAGUUUAUUGAACCUCUCCUCUCCACAUAGAAUGUUUUGUGUGCUACAUAGACCCCAUAACAAGUGAAUCUAAAAGUUUGUCAAAGUAAAGUAAAGUUUGAAGGAUAUAGAGGAUUUUUAUGGUAUGUUUGAUUCGGCCCUGAUAUAGAAAUUUUUUCCUCUGCAGGGCUGAGGUUGUGGUUUUGUUGGGACGUGUUUGUCCAGGUGCUUCUAGGGGUUUUUUGACCGAGCAAACGAGUGAGGCUUGCAAGUGAAAACGGUUAUUUUUAUUGUGUUUUUUGGUUUUUUUUAUAUUUGUUUUUUUUUUGGGGGGGGGAUGGCAUUCAUAAUUGUGGUUGCCAGGAUUUCGAUUAACAUUUUGGUGUCCGUGGAGAGGUCGUACGGGAUUUGGGGUUUUUCCAGGGUGACUGGGGCCGUUUCCUGGGAAGCUUUAGGUGUUUCCAUCCUUUUCGGGGAUGGAAGGCGGGGUGAGAUCCACCGCAAUUUUUUCAUUCAAGGUUUGAAUUCGAGGCUUCGCAAUAGUGCGAAAGCCCAUGGAAGUUUUUGCCCUUGGUGAGGGCGUAUUGGUAGGCUGAUUCGGAGUCUAUUAUAAUACGAAACAUGGAGGUAGGUUUAUUUGUUGACCUGGCAAAGAUCCUCCAGGAUUUGAGAACGGAGUAUUCGUGUGGAAAGGAUCUCUAGUAACUCUUCGUCGGUAUGGUAGUGGUCUACAUUUUUACAGAUAAGAGAGAAGGUGGUUUUUCUGGGUUUGGAUGGGGGUCUUUGGACGCGUUGGGAAGAGUUCAUUGUGAUGACGACGAUUUUCUCGUCGCCAAUGGCGUAACGGAUUCUUCUUGCCAACGUUUCAUGAUGAAACGUGGUAGGUAUUUUGAGGAGGGCGGUGCCGUUGGGGUUGGCUUUGAGAACGCUCAUUUGUUCCCUUAAUAGCUCUUGCGUAUUGAGGAGAUUGUAGAGCUCCCUCUGGAAAGUGUAUUUUUGAGGAAGAUUCCUCAAAUUGAGUGUCUGGAGUGAAGGAUUUUGAGCGGAGGUGCGAGAUUGUGGUUGGGCGACGGUUAGGAGGUUCUGGGGAGUUGGGUUUGAGUUGGUGCUUGGGGCUUCUGGGUAGUUUGGGUGAUUUGUUUUGGAUUUUGGGAUGAUUGAAUUGAUUUGGAUUUCAGGGGAGGAAUAUUAGUAUUCCUUUUAAGGAUCGCGCCUAGUCGGAUAUACGAGGGUGAAUCAAAUAUAAACAAGACUUAUUUUUUAAAAUAUUUAUUUUGAUUUUAAACGCACAAACAAUCAUAGUUUAUUUUUCUACAUAAUCUCCUGAUUUAGAAACACAUUUUUCCCAGCGUAUAGGUAAUUUUUUAAUUCCUUCCAGGUAAAAAGAGUCAGGUCGUGUUUGUAGCCAAUUGCGCACAUAUGCUUCAACCUCAUUAUCGCUGUGGAAUUUUUGCCCUCCCAAAGCUUCCUUGAGAGGACCAAAGACAUGGAAGUCGUAGGGAGACAGGUCUGGGUCUGGACUGUAUGGAGGGUGUUCCAGUGUCUCCCAACCCAGUUGCUCCAAUUUUUGUACUGUCAGGGCUGCCGUAUGGGGGCGAGCAUUGUCAUGGAGGAGAAUCACUUUUCUCAUUGGAAGGUGUCGUCUUUUGCGGCGAUAUGCAAGUCUGACCUCAGUCAAAAUUUUGCAGUAGUACGCCGCAUUAAUUGUUCUGCGCUCAUGCAAAAAAUCAAGGUGCAGCAGGCCACACUGGUCAAAUAAAACGGUAGCCAAAACCUUGCCAGCCGAUAAUCGUGACUUGGCUUUCACUGGUCCGGUUUCUCCUUUCUUCCUCCACUCCAUACUCGCUUGUUUCGACUCAGGGGUGUAGUGAUGCACCCACGUUUCAUCACAGGUGACAAUGUGAGAAAGAAAUGGGUCUCCUUCUUCCGAAAUCGAGCAAGAAGACGCUCACACACUUGAAAACGAUUCAGUUUCUGGUCAACUGUCAGAAGACGAGGAACCCACCUGGCACACACCUUGCGAUACCCUAGCUCCUCUGAGAGUAUAGAGUAAGUGCUCCCAUAACUUAUUCCAACCUUAAUUGCAAUAUCCGAAGUUGUUAGACGCCUAUCACCUUCAACAAGUUGACGAACACUGUCGAUGUUGCCCGCUGUAAUGCUGGUGCGGGGUCUGCGGUCAUGGCUCUCAUUUUCAACACGUUCACGGCCCUCCACGAACUGUUUAUGCCAAGCAAACACUCUAGCUCGCGACAGCGUCUUUUCCCCGAACUGUGCAGUCAAUCUUCUCAAGAUUUCGGCCGGUUUUACACCUUCUGCAGCUAAAAACUUUAUAACAAUACGUUGCGCAAUAGAGGGAGGUACCUCCUGCUCGGACAUCGUAAUGAUGGACACUGAGCGAGUCUAUGAUGAUGAGUCACGUGCUUCCCCCACUCCUGGCAAACCAACCUAACAGCCAAUAACAGCGGAACGUUCUUCCAUCACUAUUGCGCGCGCAGGUCCAAAAGUCUCGUUUAUAUUUGAUUCACCCUCGUAAUCAACCUAUGGGGAUUUGGAGCUGGCGGAUUUCUGGGAUUUCUGCGGGAUCCUAGAUGCAUAAGAACUUGCAGAUGGUGCAGGUAAUGAACUCCUGCUAUUUUGAAGAGAUUUUUGUUGGAGAUCUUGAAUAUAAUUUACGGCAUUACGGAUAUUUUCAAAUUGAACAGGACUGUAACGCGAGAGGUCUGCAACGAUUUCUGAUAACGUUCUCUCGUCAAGGAGAGAAUUGGGUUUGGUCGGAAGUGGUGGAGAUUCGUCGAUUUUGGAUACGGGUUUGCUGCGGGUUUGUAUCGGAGAACGGGCUAACCGAGGUAUUUUUAUUUUUCUUUGAAUGAAAAAGAAAGGAAUGAUGAAUCGAGAUCAAAAGAGGAUUUAUGUUGUUGGACGGAAUCAGGAAUUCGAAUAUUGAAUUCCUUUGUUAGUACCUAACCUGUUGUUGAUUUCUAAUCUGUUUUUACCUGCUAUUAAUCUAUAGCAGGCGUUUUAUAUUGUUUGCAGUUUCUUAAAAUUGGUAUUUGUUAUUGAGCACCAUACCGUGCAGCCAUAUAAUAGAAUAGAUUUCAUGUAUGCGUUGUAUAAUGAUAUUUUCAGUUUAUUUUCAAGUUGGGACGUAUUGUAGAUGUACGGUUGUAUAUGCUUUUUACUGACCAAGGCUUUCCUUCUUGUUUCUUCUACUGGGUGUCCCAGAAAUUGCACGCCAGGCUGACACGGGAGGUAGAUCAGCUUUAGAUCUAUCAAAUAAAAGCAACAUGACUAGGUGUUUGGGGUUUAAUGGAAUUUUGGGUAAUUUGUUUAGGCAUUUGGCUUUUGGAUAUUGGGAUUGAUUUUGAAAUUAGGGGGGUAAUAUUUGUUUUGGGGAUAGCGCCUAGUCGGGUAUAAUCAACCUGCUGGGAUUUAGAGCUGGAUGAUUUCUGCGAGACCCUAGAUGUAUAGGAAUUCGCAGAUGGUGCUGGUGAGGAGCUUCUGCUAUUCUCAAGUGAUUUACGUUCGAUAUAAUCCAUGGCCUUACGAAAUUGGUUAAAUUGUUGUGGACUGAACCGCGAGAGGUCUGCGACAAAUUCUGAGAAGGUUUUCUCCUCAGGAAGAGAAUUGGGGUUGGUCGGGAGUGGUGGGAAUUCGUCGACGGUGGAUACGGGUUUGUAUAGGGGAACGGGCUACUCGGGGCAUUUUCAAAAGGGAAAUGGGUAAAAUUAGAGAGAUCGAUAUAGUCGAGAUCAAGUGAGAAUAAGGAAUAAGGAUUUCGAAAAAGGAAUUCCUUUGUUAGUACCUAACAAGAGUGUUGGCUAUCAAAGCCGACAGCGGACUCACUACCGGAGGGAGUUUCCUCCCCGGUUAAAAAAUUCCUGACCCUUUUGAUUGCCUGUUGGGUUUUUAUGUAAAUGAAAAUAAUAUUCACCUGAAACUGGCUGAUCCUAGGACUCACGCGGGUUCUUGAAACACUUGCCCCCGAAGGGUUUAUUUCAUUAUAAAAAAAAGCCCCGAAAAGGGCAGAUAGGUGGAGCAACUAAGCCCCGAAAGGGGCAUUUUUGCAACGGUACACGCUAAUAUGACGACUUUCUUUGUCAGCGAGAGUUUGAAUCGCAGUAGGCGACCCUGCGUUUACCGGUGAGUUUUCUAAUGAAACAGUGACCGAUUAUACAGUAGUCCUUGAAUCCGUACGUGCGACCUUCUCGUAGCGCUCUAAGAAAGCAACUGAAAAGCGGCACUAGAGAGAGAGAGAGAGAGAGAGAGAGAGAGAUUCGUUGGGAAGAAUUUGGAAGGAAGGUUUUUUUUUUUGGUAAUUUGGAUAUGAUUUGCUUCGGCCUGAUAUAGGAAUUUUUUCCUCUGCAGAGCGGGGAUUGUGGAUAUUUUGUUGGGAUGUGCUUGUUCGGCUGCUUCUAGCGGUGUAGUUAUUUUUUUGUUCAAGAUUUUUUUUUAUUUAUUUUUUUUUGGUUUUUUUUUAUAUAUAUUUUUUGUUUAUUUUUUGUUUUUUCUUAAUCUAAUUGGGGGGUGGGCGGGUACAGCUGCGGCUGUAUUAUUCCCUAUCGUCGGACAUUUGUCUGGAGAAUCGGUUCUCCAGGUUGUAGGGAAACCGCAGAAAACCUGCAACUCCGACGAUGAAUGACAGUGAGGUUGUGUUGGGGGUAGGAAUUUAUCUGACUGAUAUGGGAGCUACUAUCGAGGAAAUUAAGGAAGGAUGAGGGAAUCAAUUAGAAGGCUUGGAGGUCAUUUAGGCGGUUUGGAAUGGGGGUUAUGUCAGUAUUGACAUAAAUGGUGUUGUUAGGGCUAAACCUACACUUUUUCAGUGGGAAGUGUUUGGUUUUUGGGUGAAAGCGAAAUGAAUGCGGUUACCCACGCCGCUGGUUACGGUACAAUUAUAACCAUAAAAAGGGGGAAUGAGGCGUUGUAGCGUUUCGGCUACUAGCGCCCGAGAAGUGGGGAUGGCAUUCAUUAUUGUUGUUGCCAGGAUUUCAAUCAGGAUUUUGGUGUCGGUAGACAUGUCAUAAGGGGUUUGAGGCUUUUCCAGGGUGACUGGGGCCGUAUCCUGGGGGGCUUUCGGAGAUUCAAUCCUUUUCGGGCAGCGGGGGUGGAAGGCGGGGUGAGGUCCACCGCAAUUUUUACAGGUAGGGGAGUUAGCUUUUGGGCAUUUUUCUGGCUUGUGACCAGAAGCACCACAGGUUGGACAAAUGGGUUUGGCAUUGCAGGUGUCUGCGGAGUGGCCGGUGGAUGAACAACGGUUGCAAUAUUUGGGGACUGCGGGAAUGGUGUUUGAAUUUGAGGCUUCGCAGUAGUGCGAAAGCCCGUGGAAGUUUAUACCCUUGGUUAGGGCGUGAUGGUAGGCAGUUUCGGAAUCUGUAAUGAUUCGAAACAUGGAUGUGGGUUUAUUUGUGUGGAUCUAGCUAUGAUCCUCCAAGUUUUCAUGACGGGGAAUUUUAGUAUAGAGAGGAUCUCCAGGAUCUCCUUCUCUCCUCCUCCUUCUUGCAGACCAGAGAGAAGGCAGUUUUUCUGGUUUUAGUGGUUAGGGGUCUUUGGACUCGUUGGGGAGAGUUUAUCGGGAUAACGACGAUUUUCUCGUCGCCUAUGGCGUAACGGAUUUUCCUUGCCAACGUUUCGUGAUGAAACGUGGAAGGAAUUUGAGGAGGGAGGUUCCGUUGGGAUUAGCUUUGAGAAAGCUCAUUUGUCCCCUCAAUAGCUCUUGCGUAUUGAGGAGAUUGUUGAGCUCUCUCUGUGAGGUAUAUUUUUUUGGGAGGUUUCUCAGAUUGACGGUUUGAAGUGGAGGAGAUUGAGCGGUGGUGUGAGAUUGAGGUUGUUUUUGGGUGAUGGUUUGGGAUUGUUGGUGGGUUCUGGAGGACUGGGUUUGAGUUGGAGCUUGGGGUUUAGUGGUAUUUUGGGUGAUUUUUUUUGGCUUUUGAGGUGUUGAGAUUGACUUGGAAAUUAGAGGGGGAAUAUUGGUUUUGGGGAUCGCGCCUAGUCGGGUAUAAUCAACCUGCUGGGAUUUAGAGCUGGCUGAUUUCUGCGAGACCCUAGAUGCAUAGGAAUCCGCAGAUGGUGCUGGUGAGGAGCUUCUACUAUUCUCCAGUGAUUUCCGAUCGGUAUUAUCUAUGGCAUUACGAAUUUGGUUUAAUAGUUGUGGACUGAACCGCGAGAGAUUUGCGAUCAAUUCUGAGCAGAUUUUCUCCUCAGGAAGAGAAUUGGGACUGGUCGGGAGUGGUGGGAACUCGUCGACGGAGGAUAAGGGUUUGCUUCGGGUUUGUAUAGGGGACCGGGCUACUCGGGGCAUUUUGAAAGGGAAAUAGGUUAAAUGAGAAUCGAGAUCAAGUGAAUAUAAGGAAUAAGGAUUUCGAAAAUUGAAAUCCUUUGUUAGUACCUAGCAAGAGUUGGCUAUCAAAGCCGACAGCGGACUCACUGCCGGAGUGAGUUUCCUCCCCGGUUGAAGAAUUCCUGACCCUUUUGAUUGCCUGUUAGUGUUUUAUUAACAUGAAAAUAAUAUUCACCUGAAACUGGCUGAUCCUAUGACUCACGUUGAUUCUUGAAACACUUGCCCCCGAAAGGGUUUAUUUCAUUAUAAAAAAAGCCCCGAAAAAGGCAGAUAGGUGAAGCAACUGAGCCCCGAAAGGGGCAUUUUUGCAACGGUACACUCAAAUUUGACGACUUUCUUUGUCAGCGAGAGUUUGAAUCGCAGUAGGCGACCCUGCGUUUACCGGUAUGUUUUCUAAAUAAAACAGUGACCGAUUAUACAGUAGUCCUUGUAUCCGUACGUGCGACCUUCUCGUAGCGCUCUAAGAAAGCAACUAUAAGCGGCACACACACACACACACUUGCGCGUGAGAAAUCCCGUCCCUCUAAGCAUCCACCCCCGGAUAAAUCCGCGAGUGGGUGCGAAGAAGAACAUUCCAACCACCCCCUGUCAAUUCCGACAGGUCCUCAUCCUCUUUCGCGUCGCAGUUUCGCGCGUAGAAUCCUUCCUCUCCCCUUAGUUCUAUGGGAGAUUCUGGGAUGUCUAUCUUUUUUUGUUAAGAGAUUAGCCUGUUGGCUAUACUAUCUUGGCUUCAUAGUCUGGACGUCUUAAUGUGUGUGUGUGUGUUUCGCGGCCUCGGGUAAACCUUUUCCGACCUAAAACCGGUCGGAAGGAUCUAAUCCGAGUGGUCCUUCGCCUUCUCUAUAGCUGUCCCCGAUGUAUAACUCUACACUUGCUUAUGAAAUGCGGAGUUACCGUGUCGGGGGGGGGCCUCUUGUGGGUUGUCUCUGAAAACCUAGGAUUUUGGAUAGAAUUUUUUUUUGUUUUUUAUGUUUUUUUUUGGGUUUUUUUUGUUUUUUUUUAUACUAACCUAAACUACUAGCCUACCUUAACCUACUUUACCUAUCCAUCCAAUUGUUUUCUGGGCCUCUUGUAUUUCUUGUAGUCUUCUUUAUUGUAUUUUAUGAUUUCCCUUAAUUCUUCGUUGGGGUGUGUUGCCAACUCCUCGAAUAGCUUUAUUGCCCUUUGGUCCAUGAUGUCUAAUACUUUUUCGGGUCCCGUUUCUCCGUAUAUUUCCUCGCUACUUGUUGUCCAGUGAACAUUUAGUGCUUGUCUCAGCGUUAUGUUUUGUUGAGCCUGUAGUUUCUUUCUGUUUGUUUUGCAAGUAUGUCCCCAGGCAACAGAGGCGUACGUAAUAAUCGGUAUUAUUAUACUUCUGAUAAAUCUGAGCUUUGUUUCCGUCUUUAACUUGCUUUUUCUACCGAUUAAUCCGCAUAGUCUUGCUCUCGCUUGUCUCACUUUGUCGACGGUGUUUUUCACGUGUUCGUUGAAAGUGAGACUUUGGUCUAGCGUUACGCCUAGGUAUUUGGCCUUUUUUGUCCACUGGAUUUCUUCGUUGUUAAUUUUUAUUUUCCGGUCGGGUUGGUGGCUUCUUUUUUUCUUGAAGAGAACUGCUUGGCUUUUCUCGCAGUUGACUUGUAUUUUCCAAGUUUUGCACCAUUCGUCAAUCUCUUUUGCAGCGUUUUGGAGUCUUUUCGUGAUGUUUUUCACCUUAACGCAUCUCGUUGCUAUUGCAGUGUCGUCCGCAUAUAGCGCUGUCAAGGUGUUCUCCGUUUUCGGGAUGUCUGCUGUGUAUAUGUUGUACAGCAUUGGUGAUAGUACCGCUCCUUGCGGUACUCCCGCCUGCUGCUCUCCGACCUCCCAUUUUUCGUUUGCGACCUUCACCUGAAACUUCCUGUCUUUGAGGUACGUGCUCAGGAGUUUUAUGAGCGGUUUUGUAUAUCCUGCCUCUUUCAUCUUGUAAAGCAAGCCCUCGUGCCAUACUCGGUCGAAGGCUUUGCUUACGUCUAGGAAGAUUACCCCUGUGGAUUCUUUCUGGUUGAAACCUUGAGUAGUAUAUUCUACUAGUCUCAAGAUUUGUUGUUCGGUGCUGUGGUUUUUCCUGAAGCCGAAUUGUUCCUCUGGUAUUGUAUUUAAUGUAUUUGUUUGUUCGUUCAGAAUCCUCAGUAUCACUCUCUCUGCGAUUUUACUCAUGGCAGGUAGCAAACUUAUCGGUCUGUAGUUUUGGGGGAAAGUGGGGUCUUUCCCGGGUUUUCUCAGCAUGAUAAUGUUUGCUUGUUUCCAUCUCGAUGGAAAGUGUUUUGUCUUCAACAUGCCACUUAUUAUGUUCGAAAGGUAUGCCAUACCUUUUUUUGGCAUGUUUUUCAGCGCUCUGUUCGUGAUUCCGUCUAUUCCCGGAGCCUUCCUUGCUGAUGCGAACCUGAGUAGUUCUUUCACUUCCAUCGGUGUUGUGCAUCCUAGGGUUUCUUGAUCGUCCUCGUCUUCUAGGUAUUCGUUGAUGUUUUCUUCUAUCGUGUCUGAGAGGUCCAUAUCUUCGUCGGGAUGUUCGUUCAGUGUGAACUGAAGUUCCAUCGUGUUUUUCAGCUCUUCUGCUUUCUCUUUGUCUGUAUACGCCAUCCCGUUGCUUCCGUGUAUUGGGGGCAUUGGUUUUCUUUCUUCUCUUAAGACUUUAGAUAUGUUCCAUAAUCCGGGUUUUUGCGGAUCUAGUUCGUUUAUCCUUCUGUUCCAUUCCUCGAUUCUGUGCUCCUGUAGCUGUUCUUGAAUUUCCUGUUUCAUUUCCCUCACUCUCCUCCUUUCUCCUGGAUUUUGCGUUCUUUGGGCUCUUCUAGCUAUUCGGUUUUUCUCCCUAAUCAGAUUUCUCAGAUCGUCGCUUAUAUUUUUGAAUCUGCCGUAUUUGUCUGGUACGGUCAUUGUGGUACUUCGUUCUAUCGCUUCUGAUAGUGCUUCUUCGAAGAAACAGACCUGUUCUUCUAGCAUCUCCUUGCUUUUUAUUUCCGUGAUUGGUCCUAACAGCUGUCCUGUUAGCCUUCUGAAUUUCUCCCAGUUUGUUUUUCUCACGGUUCUUCCUGCUUGUCUGUUGCCGCUGCCGAUGGUGACGACGAUUGGUGAAUGAGCGUCGCCGCCGUCUAUGGUCCGGAUUUCUACAGGCAUCGUCAUGUCUCUCAACACGGCGAUGUCUAUAACCUUGGGCCUUCCUCCAUUUGGUGGGUAGUGUGUCGGUCUUACUGGUCCUAUCGCUUGAUAGGAUGGGUGAUCUUCUAUGAUCUUCUCCAAGUUUCUUCCUUGUCUGUUUCUUCUUGUGCUGUACCACGCAGGGGACUUGGCAUUCAGAUCUCCUAUGAUAAUGCCUUUUUUACCAUCUGGGAGUACUGCUAGCACGUCUUCCUCGUGUAUUGUAGUCUCAGGCCUUACGUAUGCUGAUAUUAUUCUAAUAUCGCCGUAUGAUGUUUUAAUGACUACUAUUGUCGCCUCCAUGCUAAGUAGUCCGUCCGGUGAAUUUAUUCGGUGUUGGCACAACUCUUUUUUUACUAAGAUCGCUGUGCCUCCGGAGCGUCCGUUUAUAUCGUCUCUAUAAACGUUGUAGCCUGGCCAGGUGAAUCUGUGUGUGUCACCUGGCAAUUUUGUUUCUUGUAGAGCGAAGAUAUCGUAAUCUUCUUCCUCCAAGAUCACUCCCAUGGUGUUUUGGUUUGUUCGUAGUCCUCCUGUGUUCCACGAGCCGAUCUUUAUUUGACUGGGAGGGUUGUUCGUCAUUUUAUUUGACUUGUUGGGCUAUUAAUGUCGCUUUGAGUGCCUGCCUGCAUGUUCUGCAGCAUACUCAAUAUCUCGCCCGUUCCUUGUUGUUUUUGAGGAAUUGAGGCUGACGGCGUUUUCUUGGCCGUUUGGGCGUAGCUGACUCCUGGGAUCGUGGUUUUUGUUGUUGGUUUUUUGGUUUCCUCUUUUUUGGGAUUUUUCGGACACCCCCUGUAGUUGGCUGGGUGGUCACCUGCGCAGUUUCUGCAUUUCGGUUUCUCGGUCUUGCUCAGGGAGCAGUCCGCGGCCCUGUGUUCUCCUGCGCAUCUUACACAGCGCACGUACAUGUUGCACGUGCUUUGUCCGUGAUGGAAUCCUUGGCACCUGUAGCAUUGUACAGGUCCGUCGUGUUUUUUCUGUUCUACCACACUUAUUUUCGUGUGGCAGAGAUAUCUGAGGUUUUUGUAUGCCUGCUCUUCUGCAGGCUCGAUAACUACCAUGUAUAUUGGUAGUAAUUUCCUGGUGUUAUCUUGAUUUUUUUGCGUAUAGCUCGUCAGUUGCCAUACUUUUUUCGGUUUCAAUCCUACAGCUCGGUUUCUACUUCCGGAGCUGGGGUGUUGACUGCUAGUCCUUUAACACUAGCUUUCUUUCUUUUUCCUCUUUGAGUGCGUACGUGUACCACUCUAUUUCUUUGUGCUCGCUCAGGAGCAUCUUCAUUUUAUUGAAAUCAUCCACUGAUUGCGUGGUGAUCUUUCCAGUGUGGCUGCCCAUUUUGCAUUGGGCGUUGAUAUUUCUCUGUAUCAGUUGUUUCCUGAUAACAGUCCACAUCAGUGGGGAUUUCAAUAUGAUUGGAGGUGGCCUCCUCUCCGGUUUUUUUUGUUUUUCCUCUUCGUCUCUCUUUAUUUUUUUUAGUUCUUCUAUUUCCUUUCCGUUUUCGUUGCUGUCGGUUUUAUUUUCUGUCGUAGGUUUGCUUUUCGCAUUCUUACGUUUUCUUUUAUUUUUCACUUGCGUGAAAUCCUCCUCUUCCAUUGCGCAGUCUUCGCUGCUUGAUUCCUCCAUUACUAUUGUCGGGAUCUCGCGUUUCUUUUCACAUAUUUUGUUUUCCGUUUGGGUUUGUCCUUUAUUUUGGUUUUUUUUCAUUUUGCUCUAGCAGUUUUGUUAGUUUUCUGCUUAGUUCUUCUACCGUUUCGGUCAAGCUGUCGAUUUUCGAAAGUUGCAUUUCAACUGUUUUUCUUAGGAGCUUGUUUUCUUCCUCCAUUUUCUUUUGUUCUUCGUUCCUACGUUUCAAUUCUCCUUCCAGCUUCUUGUUUGUCGCUUCGAGAAUUUUCGACAUCCUUUCUCUCGAAGUUCCCCUAUCGUAGGGUUUUUCCCUACCUUUAGGGUUUUCAGGCUCCAUGCCUGUACUCUCGUCUGUAUUUCUUUUUUUUUUAUAAAUUCUCUAAAAUUGCCUGAAAUUUAAAAGUUUAAUAUUUGUCCGUACCAAGUGUACGGCCACUUUAAAUAACGGAAUUCUCCGCACAAUCAAAAUGCUUUAUUAUAAGACUUUCCUCAUGCGAAGAAAAUCUUAAAGCGUAUAAAUUAAAUGUGCCGAACUGACACAACCUGCAAUAAAAGUUUUAUUUGGGGCUUACCCGCGUCCGCUUUCGCUUCACUACACAGUCACAGAUGUUCACUCACGGUAAACUCAACAGGACCGUAACCAGCCCAGUCUACUCUUUUUACUAUAAGCGGCACUAAGACCUUUUUGAAUUUAUACUCUCCAAUUAUACUUCCUUCGCCGGUAGCGUAAUUUGGCGAAAAAAAAAUGGUAGGGGUGGUUUCAACCAAUUGAAAUGAUCUAAUGUUGAAAUCUUCGUAGUUUAUCAUUCAGUGAGAGUGAAAUAGGGAUGAAUGCAGAUUUGAAUUCACAAAAUUUUUAUUAUGAAUAGAUAUUAACUAAAUUUGGAACUGAUGUUAAUUAUAAUGUUUGUAAAACAUCAAAAUAAAGUCUAAAUAUUUAAAUAAUUAGCGAAUGUUAUCUGUUAACGAUUGUUUGCAUUCUAUAAGGUGCUUGGUAGAAACUCAACUAUAAAUGAUAUUUUAAUUUUAAUAUAGAAAGUGAUUAGACUAAACUUAUUUAAAUUGAUUAAUUAAACAUUUUGAAUAGCAUUGAUCUCUGCUCUUCAAACACCUUGUAUGAUGUAUAUGUUAGCUUCAUAGCGAGUUAUACAUUUGUCAAAAUUAUUGUCUAAUCCAGUAGUGGUAUUGGAAACAUUUAUAUAAUAUUUGGUGUUUAUAUUUGAACUACUCAAAAUUUAUAUGCAAAAUUAGUUGGGUACAGUCUGAAAUGUAUUAAUUAAAAAAUACGGUGUUAAAGUUACUAGUAAGUUGUGAGUACUUGGAAUUGUAGAAAUACAGAUACAUUAGGUAUGUCUAUGAAAAUUCUACUUAAAAGGUCACAUAGAAAAUAAUUUAUUUCUUCAUUUCCAAAUUAAAAUACUUUGUUGACUCAUUUCAAUACUAAGUUGUUUGGAAGGUCCUAGUUCUACUCUUUAAAAUGACUAUAUUAAUAUCUGUCAGCAAUAAACAUGUGUCACUCAAAUGGUUUUGUAAGUCAAUUUCCAAAAAAUAAAUUUUUGUUCAGUUUUACAGAUUGCUCGAAGGAAUUGAGCUGGUAUUUCACUACAUACACAAAUUAACCGAAAAUCCAUUUGAGUAUCGCAACUAUUGGUUGAAGAAAAGUUUAUAAUACAGACCCAACUGUAGUUUAUGGUGGGUUUUUAUUACUAUUAUUGCAGUUAUGUUCAUAAUUAUUCUUAUAAAUUAUGUUAAAGCGCGUUUCAAGAAUUGUUACUUUAAAGUAUCUAAUGGCACAGUCCAAAUGUAUUUUCAGUAGGAAAUAACACAUUUUACUUGUUUUCACCACAAUAAUUAUUCUAGAUAAAGUUUAGUAUUUCAUAUUUUAUCUUUUUCUCAAAAUCAAAUACCAAACGACAAAAAUAUUUGAUCAUUUGAGCUGAUGUUGUUUUUGACAAACGUUACUUAAGGUUGUAAAUGGAAUCGGCGAAAAACUUCCAAAACGGCUUCCAAAUCACUGCCUAGCUAUUAUGACACCUGGGCCCGACGGACCUAUCAGAAGGCUUAACCGCCCACUAUUCUACUAUUCUUCUUUCAAUGCAUAUCCACUAAUGGAUGUUCGCGAUAGCAUUUUCCAUCGCUUCUCUAUUUCUUGCGGUGUGUAUUAAGGAUUGUAUAUCGUGUAGUCCUGUCCACUACCUGAUGUUUCGCAGCCAAUACAUUUUCUUCCUUCCAAUCCCUAUCUUUCCUUCCAUUUUACCUUCAGUAGGUGCAAAAAUUGAUAUUUGUUGUUCCGCAUAAUGUGCCCUAGGUACGCCGUGUCCUCUUCUUAAUUAAUUCAAAUAAUUCACGUUGUUUGCCCAUGCGUCUCAGAAUUUCUUCGUUUUUCAAUCUAGCCGUCCAUGGCACCUUAAGGAUUCUGCGGUGCAGCUACAUCUCGAAAGCCUCUAACUUGUUAAUAGCAAUCGUCUUCAAUAUCCAGCCUUCCAUGCCGUAGAGAAGCACCGAACCAAUGCAAAGCACUUCACGAACCUCAGUCGUAGAUUAAGAUCAAAAUCGGGACAAGUAAGCACUCUUCGAAACCUCAAGAAUGCCUCUCGGGCUUGUUCAAUGCGACAUUUUAUUUCCUUGUCUGAUGCCCAGUCUCAAUAAUCUAAUUUUUUUUUUUUGGUAUUGAUGUUUAGGCCCAUUGAUUUGCUGUAUUCUCCUGAUAUUGUUAAUCCACGUCUCAUUAACUUUGAUUCCCAUUUCUAUAUCCUCUAGGGACUCUUGGAAAAUUCGCAUCCUUGUCGCACCCAUUUUUGAUCUGUAUGUUGUCGGACAUAUUGUUGUCUAGUUUUAUUUGCGCUGUUUGGUUCCAGUACAGGUUUUCAAUGCAUCGGAUGUCUUUCCGAUCUAUAUCGAGACUUUUGAGGAGCUGCAUUAGUUUGUGGUGCUGUACGCGAUCGAAUGCCUUUUCAUAACCUAUGAAACAGAGUCAAACGUCCUUUCUCUGGUCAUAGCAGUUCUACUAUUAUGAUACAAAAUUUAACUAUAUGUGUCCAUGUUUUAUCCAUUGUAACACGUUCCUUGAAUCGUUUCGCUUAAAGAGCUCUAAAUAGAGUUUGGAUACACAAAUCUUUCUUAUGGCUAAUUGCUCAUGUUAAAUAGUAAAUACACUGCCUUUUGCUAUCUUCAAUGCCACCGCUAUCCAAAUCGAUUUUAUGAAUAUUUUUUUAGUAUCUCCUUACGGAUUUUGAGCGACCAGAGCGUUCAGUAUCGUCGGUGGGUUUAUAUAUACAUAGGCCUUAUACAUAUCUAACUGAACCAAAUUUGUUGAAGGUUAAAACUAACAAAACAAAAUUGUAUGUCACUGUCGGUGUCUGUUUCAAUUUACGCUUGUUCUUUAUAUGGAAGGUAGCGAGAAGGAGGAAUAUCUCAUAGGGGAGAAAAGUUGUAAACGAUAAAUAUCGGUUCAAAAAUCUUCCAGAAUGGCGCUGGUUUAGACAAAGGGUAUGGUAUGGUAGCAGAAGUAAGCAGAGUUGAAAAAUUUAAUAUCAUAGUUCAUCAUUAAAAAUUUCAACAGCUUGCGUCGUACAAAACUGUGAAAAGCUAUUCAGGGCGUAAGAUAAUAUUUGGCACAUCCUUUAACAUAACACUUUUUAGUAUACACGAUUGUUAUUUGAGGCUAUGAAAAGUGGACUAACCCCAAAUUUGCAUAAUGGAGAUAAUUGGCUGUAAAGUUUUGUUCAAAAUGGAUCGACACAUAAUUUUCUUAAUGGUUAUUUUGGUUCCAAUUCGCUUUACUAUGUAAAAAGUGUCUAUAUAUAUAUCUGAAACUAAAUAAAAAUUAUUACUGUACUUAAAAUUACCGAAAAUAACAAAAAACUUCAACCUAUAGUAUCUACAUUAAUUUAAUCUUGUUCCUCUAGUAACUCUCCACCUGUCGCCUGGGAAGAUGCUUUCAUGUUUCUGUAGAAGUCAUGAUGUACGGGUGGAAUAAAUUCAAUUAGUUGAAGCAAAUCUUUCUUUUUGGCCUCAUUUAUUACAUUACCCUUGGGGUAUAGUAGUGGAAGUGUAAUAAGUUCUGUCGAACGUGAUCCUUGUUUACGUAUAUCGACAGUUUCAAGACUAACAUAUCCGUUGUUCAAAUAUUUAUAUAGAAUUUUAUCAGGAGAUUCUUUGUUAAACCGUAUCCAUUGGAUUUUCAGCCAUGGCACCUUGGUCAUUAUGUCCGACUGUUUUCUGUUCGUAAUGUUACUUUCCAGUGGUUUAGUCGACACAAAGUCAGAUGAAGUCAUUUGAAUUAACUUAAAUUGAUUUUUCUUCCUAGACCUGGACCGAAAUCCAAUCUGAAGGUACAAAAAUGAGUGGAUGAAAUUUUUUCUCUUUUUCGAUUAGACCAAAGUCUUGAUCGCAAGGGAGAUAGGGAUAGCCACUCACCAGGAAUUUAUGAUCAAUUUCUUCAGCGACAGUUUUAUAUUACGGUUCUGGCCCCCGCACGGAUCGGAAUUUAUGAUUAUUUUUCUUGAUGUUAGAAAAUUCUUAAUAUACGUCCAUUAUUGCCUCUUAUAAUAACAAAUUCCAGUCGUUAAGACAGGUGUCGGUAAUGUAACAGAAACUUCACCAUUUUUUGCAAGUUGAAUAUCAUGCUUCAGGCCAUCCCUUGCUGCUUUGGCCUUCCUCUGGUGGAAUUCUAGAUCCUUUUCAAGUUGUUUUUUCUGCUAUUUAUUGGAUGCCUUUAUUUUGAUAUUGAAAAAAUCACACAAUGAAAUAGGUGGGUGAAAGUGUAAGUUGAACUCUGUAUUAAAGAUUCUUCUGAAAAUAGCAUAUGUAACAGGAAUCAUUGUUUCAGCUUUAUAUAGCUCAAACAUCUUUCCUAUUCUUAAGUUCGUUGCUAGAUAUUUUUUAUGAUUGCUUUUCUCACAUGAAUAAUGAGACUCGUAACAUGGAAAUUUUUCACUAAAGGACUUUACUUCGUUUGUUUUCGCAAUGGGUGUCUUAUUACUUGGAAUAUGUAUGCCCCGACGGUCCUGAGGCGCAUGUGCUCCUGCUGACUUGUUCUUCAAGAGUCUGUCGAAUCUCCCAGCAGAAACCUGAAAAAAAUUGAAACAUCAAGAGAAAUUCGAGGUUAACAUAUUUAUUAAAAUAAAGACAGGGAAACAGGUGCGCGGUUUGAAAAUCAAAGUUAUCCAAUGAAUAAAAGUGUUGAUGCAAAGCUCUUUGACCUUCCUUAGGAAUCAAAUUGUUACAGUGAUGUUUACAACCGCAUACACAUAGACUGAAAGACUUCGCAGGAACAACUCUAUUGGAUCUAGUUGUAUACUAUUCACCAGCACAUCGUUUCUUCUUGGCAACACUUGUACUCCACUUUUUUUCAUGGCAAACUCGCUAUCUACUCUUAACAUCCCUGGAUAUUGUUGGGGGGUCAGUAACAGAAGGUUCGUCUGAUGAUUCUUCAUAAUCUGAAAACACGAAUUCCGAACCAUAGUCCUGAAUGGUUCUGAGUCCGAUUUCGAAACAGACUCCUCAAAUGGUUCCGAGUGCGACUCUGCAAAAUAUUUUCAUUUUGUUUAACAGUAAAAAAUAAUGAAUAACUUUCAUUUUACAAUUGAACUAACCUAACCUAACCUAACCUAACCUUUUUUUUUGUUGUGGGUGGGAAAAUCCUCAAAAGACUUCUGGGAAGGUGUCCCAGGUGUGCUGGAUUCGCCCGUUAACCGGGCGCCUACCAGCUAAAAACCCACCCUAUUCUCCGUCUAGGCAUGUAGAACCGUUCUUAGCGAACAUCGUGUCACAUGCGCCGGCUUUACUCUAGACUACUCCUUUUUCUCUCUUCUUUUCUUGUGGGUCUGUAAUUUAAAAAACUUUACUACACACAAGGGACAGCACAUAAUAAAUAAUAAAUAAAUAACAUGUAAACAUAUAUCUAAAAACACUUACACCCUAAAAAUUGUAUAGAUAAAAUGCCUAUUCCUAAUCUCACCCUACGUUAAAAAUUUGUUGUAUAAAUAAAAACCUAAACCUAUGCUUAAACCCUACUUUAAAAAAUUUGUAUAUAUAAAAGUUUUAAAUAAUUUGAAUAAAAUGAAACCUAUCCUAAUCUUAUACUACAUUUAAAAUUUGUUGUUGUAUAAAUAAAAACCUAAACCUAUGCUUAAUCCUACUUUAAAAUUUAGGUAUAUAUAAAAAAGACUUAUCCUAAUAUAAAUAAAACUUAUCCUAAUCUUAUUCUACGUUAAAAUUUGCUGUAUAUUUUUAAAAUUGUAUAAAUAAAAAGCUCAUCUAAAUCAAAGUUGUAUAUAUAAAAUUUUAAAAUCCGUGUAUAGACAUUUAAUAAAAAUUUAAAAACUUGUAUAAAUAAAAUUAGUAAAAUUUAUAAAUUAAGACGUCAAACACAACUACUACUACAUAUUAAAAAUCGUCACGCCUUCUUUCUUUCUCCUCCUUGGCUUUUAUCAUUCCCGUAACAAUAUCUAUAAGGGCCCCCGCAGACUGCAGACUUUUUAUCGGCCGAUAGUUUAGUCGGGUUGGGCUGAAAGUGCGCACACCGAGCCAACUAAACAGUUUGGUUGGUGAACAGGGCGCAGACUAUCCAACAGUCGGCCGACUAUUCUCGAACUAGUUUGUAACGGACUGUUGAAGCGGUCACACAAUAUGAAAAUGUUGUCCAGAAAAAUUAUUGCUCUCAUCAUACUCCGGAGGAGGAUAAUCAAGAAGAGAUUGCGAGAGCAUUGGGUGCAUCCCAUUCUCAGUGACAGAUUAGUUAGUGGAAAAUUUUACACUAUGCAUUCCAAAUUACUUGAUUACCCGAAAAAAUUUUUCGCCUAUUAUCGAAUGAGCAUUACCAGCUUCAAUGAACUUGUCAAGCUAAUUGGACCAGCAAUAGCGAAGGAGGAUACAAAUUUAAGACUUUCUAUACCUGUGGAGGAGAGAUUGAGCGUUACGAUAAGAUAUCUGGCUACAGGAGCUAGUUUCAAUACAUUAUCUUUUGAUUAUCUGAUGGGAGCUUCUACAAUACGAGAUAUUACUAAAACUACAUGUGAGCAAAUAUGGAAUAUACUUCAACCAUUGUAUAUGUCAACCAAAGAAGAAGGCGACUGGAUUAAAAUCGCAGACGAAUUCUAUAGUCGCACAAACUUUCCAAACAUCAUUGGAGCAAUUAAUGGCAAACAUAUACGGAUGAUACAGCCAGAACAUUCCGGUUCAUCAUAUUUUAACUACAAAAAGUUUUUUUCGUGCGUGUUAAUGGCUUGGACAGACGCAGAUUAUAAAUUUGUAUAUAUAGACGUUGGUUCUUAUGGAACAGCUAGUGAUUCGGAAAUAUUUAAAUCAUCAGAAAUGGGUAAACGGCUGUCCCAAAACCGAUUAAAUAUUCCCUCCGGAAGGCAAUUGCCUAAUGAUAAUGUCGGAGAUGUUAUUCCAUUCUCUGUCGUAGGGGAUGAAGCGUUUGGACUUGGCAAUCAUAUACUACGUCCUUAUGCAAAAAGAAAUUUAAACUACACCAAACGAAUUUUCAACUAUAGACAUACAAGAGCUCGACGAAUGGUUGAGUGUACUUUUGGGAUUCUUGCUAACAAAUGGCGUAUAUUUCACCGACCAAUGGAUGUCAAUAUCAAUUUUUGUGUCAAAAUAAUUAAAGCUUGCUGUAUCCUGCAUAAUUAUGUAAGAAUCAAAGAUGGAAUAAAUUUCACAGAAACUCUCUACAAUUGUCCCAUGAAUAACUUAACUAUAAAUGAAGACAACCGAGGAAAAAAUAAUAUGAAUAACGUGCGACAGUACAUGUCGUCAUACUUUAUUUCUCCCGGAGGCGCGAUUCCGUGUCAAUAUAACAAAGUGUAAUAAUUGUAAAUAGAUAAAUAAAUAAAUAAAUAAAAAUUCACAUAAGUACUCUAAUAUUUUUAUUUUUACAUUCCUACCUUUGUUUGUUUUCUCCUCAGCGCUAAGCGAAUUCCAAUCAACAACAACUGCUUCGCAAACUUCCUCCCACAGUUUUUUCUUCAUAUUCGCGUCGGAGUACUCCUUUAAACUUUUUUUAUAAAGCGCAGGUCUUUUCUCGACUUCUUCAAUUAAGUUUUCGACGGAACUUUCUAUAAUCAACAAUUGUGAUUUGGGCGAAGCCAUAUUGAAUAGAAGCACACGACGCCAAAUCACAGAGCGAACUGAACUAUCGGCCGACUAAACAAUCGUCGUGUAUGCGCAGGCGUGUAUGCGCCAAUACUGAUUAAACAGUCGGCCGACAGUUGGCCGACAGAUUAGUUUGAAUGUAAUCGAGUAGCCCAUCAAACUUUUUUAUCGGCCGAUACUGAAUCGCUGUAGUGUGCGCAUAUGCAUUCCUCUCCAUACUGAUUAAGAAACCGACCAAACUAUCGGCCGAUAAAAAGUCUGCAGUCUGCGGGGGCCCUAACCCUAUCGUAAACCUUCUUUUCUCUAAUGGCAGCGAUCAUAAUAUUUCUACACCUCAGGGUGCCAUUACUUCCUAUUACUUUCUUUAGUUCAUUUUGUUUUUGCCGGUGGACUCGACAUUCCGUCACCACGUGACGGGGGUCCUCCGUCACACCGCAGGUGGGGCAUAGGUCAUCUCUCGUUUUUUUUAUUCCAUGUGUAUAUUUUCUGAAAGACCCAUGCCCCGUUAGAAAUUGUGUGAAGUAAUAAUUCGUUCUGCGGUGUGCGCACUUGUACCACUCCGUCCAUCCGGUAUCAGUGUCUUUGUCCACGCGGCUUUGGGACCCUCCUCUCUCCACUCUCGCUGCCAUUUGUCCAAGCUGACUUCUCUUUCUCCUUUCCGUGUUCUCCCUGUCAGCCUGGACUCUCCUGUAGAUUCUGACCCUCUCGUCCACCAUUAUGUGGAUAGGGAUCACUCCCGCGAUCGUCUGUAGCGCUAUUGCAGAGACGGUUCUGUAUGCGCUGCAGACCCGAAGCAGCGGUUUUCGUUGUGCGGACGUAUAUAAGUUUUUGUAUUUUUGUAUAUUCAUAACUUCCGCCCAUACAGGUGCCCCAUAGAGGAGGAUCGAAUGAAUAUUUUCUAAUAAUACCCUUCUCCUCUGGCUACUGGGGCCAACUAUGUUAGGUAACAUCCUUUGUAGGGCGGAAGUUCUUUCCCCUGCUUUCUUUACCGCUGCUUCCACGUGCUUCGAGAAGAUCAGUCUAUUAUCGAAGGUUACGCCUAGGUAUUUUACUGUUUUUUGGGAAUUGACAAGUUGGCCGCCUCCGAGAUCGAAUUGGAUUCCAUCCCGGAACGCUCUAGGUCCUCUAAGCACUAUUAUUUCCGUCUUUUCUACUGCUAUUUGCAGGUCCAUCUGCUCUAUCCAGCUUUUUAUUCUAAUCAUGUUUUCUCUAAUUAUAUCUACGAUGCCCCAAUUCAUAUCGAUUUCCGCUAAUAUAGCUAGAUCGUCAGCGUAUGCGAUCGAUUUGGCGCCGCCCUCUAGUUCUAAUCGGAGUACCCCGUUAUAUAGUAUGUUCCAAAGGGUCGGUCCUAGCACCGACCCUUGAGGUACUCCGGCGGUCAAUUGGAUUUGCUGCCUUCUCGAUACGCAUACUCUCCUUUCCGUUAGGUAGUCCUUUACUACAUUAACCAAAUAUCCUGGGGCCUCCAUUUCUUGUAAUUUUUUUAUUAUUAGGCCCCAGUUGGCUGAGUUGAACGCAUUUUUUAUGUCGAUCAUUAUAAGGACCACUCAUCUUCUUCUUGAAGCUUUCGCCGCAACGUGUACCCACUUUGCGGCGUCAACUGCUGAACAACCAUUGCGGAAGCCGUACUGCUGAUCCGACAGAGCUGCUCUGCUGUCCAUGAAUUUUUCUAGCCUUUUUUUAUUAGGAUUUCGUAGUAUUUUCCCAAACAGUCUAACAAGCAUACCGGUCUAUAUGAGGCCGGCGAAUCGGGGGGUUUCCCAGGUUUUAAUAACAAUAUUAAAUUUGCUAUUUUUAAUUCUCUGGGGAACUCUUGCCUGCACAGUAGUUCGUUAAAAACGGAUGUAAUAAUUUCAGGCCUCGUUUUGAUCAGGGUUUUGAUUGCCUCUGGUGGCAGGCCAUCAGGGCCGGAGGCUUUACCUUGCUUGAUAUCUUCGGCAGCGGCCAGGAUUUCUUCCGUCGUGAAUUUUGGUAGAGCCGCGUCGAUGCUACCUUCCUUAAAGAAGUUUUCUUCCCUUUUUUUAGGGAAGAGUAGCGACGCCGCCUCUAGCCGCUGCUCUUCGGUUAAGUUGUAUGGGGCGACGGCCUUCAAUGCUUUCAUUGUGGUUUUAUAUGCGUCGCCCCAUAUGUCCUUUUCAAGGUCCUCACAUAUGGCCCGCCAUCUUUUCCUCUUUUUGUUUUUUAUUAACUUGUCCAGAGCUUUUUUUUCUGUUUGUAAGUAUUUUUGUAGCUUUCUUCGCCCCCGCUUCUUGUGUAUGUCCUCCGGGCAAGGAGGCAAUCCUCUCGGAGUUUCUCUAUCUCAUCGUUCCACCAAUAUGGCAUUUGCCUGUUAUUAUUUUUUUUGUUUUUAUUUUCCUUAAUUACUUUUUCUUUAAUAUCCUUUAAUACUAACUGGAGAGUCUCGUAGUUCACCACCUUUUCUAUCUCUCACGUCAAUGUGACUCCUGCUAAUGCUUCUCACGAACGUGGGUUUUUUGUUAUUCAAAACUAUUAUGUUUAUUUGGGCCAUCCAGUCGUCCCAGAGGUCACCCCUCUCAUCACUAAUAGAGGAACCCCACUGAGACGAUUUUGCAUUAACGUCCCCGACGAUCAGGAAGUUCUUUUUGCCGGUGACGGUAUUCAUCAUUUUUUUUACUAUUUUUCUAUAAUCAAUCAUAGAGAUAUUGGGGGAAAUGUAGCAGGCCACAAUCGUGAUCUCGCAACCGAAGAGGGUUGGCCGACCACUUGGUUUUCUUAUCUCUCCCUAAAUAACUUGGUAUAUUAGUAUCAUCUUGUUCCGGCUCCAUCUCAGAUUCACUUUGUUCGGUGUCUGUAUAAUGUUCACUAUGCUCACUUUCACUGUCACUUUCACAUUUAUCAUGACGGUUUUCGGGUCUAUCAUCUUCCAAAUCUUCUAGAAUUACUGGUUCAGAUGGACAUUGCUCUAGAAAUAGAAAUAAACAUGAUAAGUAACGAAAAUAAAAAGAAAGUAUCUAAAAUAUAAAACCACACAAUUUAUUUACCUAUUUGUGAAUGUGUUUCUUCAUAUCGUUUUCUUCCCAAAUCGGCCAACUUUUUCCCCCGUUGAAACAUUAUGGUAUGAAAAUAAUUAGUAAUAAGUAAAAUUACCAAAAAUUAAGAAUAACACUUGAAAAAAAUAAAAAUAAAACUUUUACACGAGUGGUCGCGCGAUGAGAGAAUCUCUCACAGAAACGGGAUGAUGUUGUUUACAACGAAGUUGAACAGGAAGUGAAAGGAGAGGGUAAACUGACCUACCCCUAUUAGUCAGAAGGGGUUCUAAAAAUAAACUAGGGGGGGUCUCAGGUACCAAACUUGAUGAAAAGAUUUACAGUUUUACGAAAUGAAACUUUUGUGAGAGAAAAUCUCAUAUAGCGACCACUCCCAGGUUAAAUGGAGUGUGUGCGUAUGGGGUCCAUGAGGUUAGUUGUAGACUAUGUUUAUUAAGCAAAAAAAGAUGCGGGAACAGUUGCGGUUGCUUUAUUAUAAAUCAUUGACCAUUUAGUUGUUGAAAGAGCUCACCACAGUCAAUGAUUAAAUACACCAUUAAUUUCUUUUUCUUUUAGAUAAUCUAGUCCAUGUGGUAAAUAUUUAAAUAAAUGUUAAUAAAUCCAGUUUUCUUCUUUCUAUUAACUGAUUACAAAUUUUUAUGAAUUCUAUCAUAUACAUUGGCUAGCUGAUUUAUGUUCUCACAUAUCUUAUAUACUCCUGCCAUUUCUUUUUCCUACUCUAUCCUCAUUUUCUAAACAUUCCUUCAUUAAAUAGAUAAUUUCAUGUAUAUUCUGUUGUUGUUGGUCAAUUAAUAGCUCUGGUUUUUUGUAACUACCAAAAUUUUGUUAUCUCUUCUUCAAUCAAAAUUCUGUAUACUCAAUGAACUGUAACAUUUUAUUGAAUUUUUAAUGACGUCUGGUCUUAUGUAUUUAUUCUAUUUCAUCCUAAUUUUUAUUUUUAGAAAUUUUAUUUCUUUAAAUCAUUUAAAAUUUAAGAACUUUUGGAACGGGGACUUAAUCAUUACUUAUAUACUGUUUAACAUUAUUGAUUUGAAAGAAGAUAUUAUAAACAAGUAAGAUUACGUUAUUAUUGCGGAGCAAUGCGAUAAAGUGUUGAAACAAUUUGUUAAUAUUAGAAAUUUAUAAACAUUGUAUAAAAAAGGAAUUUCAAUUUUCGUCUUAACUGAGCUUCUUCCAACGAUUGCUUGUUAUUUGAAUUCAUUGAUGUGACCUUCACGUUAGUUGUUUGUCGUUUAGUGUAAAAAAAUUGAUUGCUGAUGAUACGAAAAUGAACGAAAGAUAGUUUACCUCACCAUUAUAUGAAAUAUACUGUUUUUAAAGACUUUUGGCAUAUAUUUUAACUAAUGAUAUAUUUGGAGCAUAAGGAAACAAUCUUUUUAUAACUAUAAAAUGUUCGACAUUAUUGAUAUAAUCAGAAACUCACUAAACUUUCUUACAUUAGUUUAUAAGAACUGUAUAUUAAAAAUGAUAAUCAAUAAAAACAGUGGAAUAUUAAGGGAUGUAUCUUCAAAGGGAUAAUUUUUAAAAAUUCCGAUGUGAUUUGUUAAACGUAUUACAAAAUAAUUAUUAUCAAAUAAAUUUUAAUCUUAACAUAUAUUAGAAAUUCCAAUCAAUAAGAGGGAAAUUAUAGUAUUGUUUUCCACAUUUUCGACAUAACAAGUUACAUUUUUUCCAUUACUAGUCAUAGAAACUAUGUUCUUAGCCAACUGAAGCUCACAUCCACCACCUCAGCGCUGCUAGUGGCUAUAAUUUAACUCGUCAAAUCCGGUUUCGUUUUCACAAGGGCUUUUACUGUCUGCGGUAGUAUACCCUGAUUUAGAUCUUCUCCAGUGGCUAGUAUCUCUUCCAUUGUGAAUUCUUGUACGUCUACGGCGCGUCCCUCCUGGAAAGUUGUUUUUUUCUUGUUUGGGAAAAGGAGCACUGCAGACUCCAGCCGCUGUUCUUCACUUAGCUUAUAUGGGGCUAUUAAUUACCUUUAGUGCUUUCAUCGUUAUUUUACAUGCGUCGCUCCAUAUAUCGCUCUCUAAACUAUCGCAUAUGGUCUGUCAUUUUUUCAUUUUUGAUUUUUUCGCCUACUGCUUUUUUUUAGUUGUUUAUACUCCUCUCUAUUGUUCACAUCGUCCCCACUUCUUGUAUAAGCUCUCCGGUUAUGAAGAUAUUUCCCUUGAAGCUCCUCCAUCUCAUCAUUCCACCAAUAUGGGACUUUUUUUUCGUUUUAUUAUUUAUUUGUUCCAAAACCGACCUCAAAUUCUCGUAGCUUAACACCUCUUCUGUAUUUAUGUUUUAACUUUAUAGGUGAUAAACCUAUGAUGGGUGGAGGACAUCAAGGUUUAUGAUUUUUUUGAUUGGCCCUGGCAAGAGUCACAUUUAUGUGACUCUUGCUAUUUCCUCUAAUGAAUAUGUGCUUUCCAUUGUUUAUGUCUAUCAUGUUUAGUUGGGCCAUCCAUUCGUCCCAAAGGUGCCCUCUCUCGUCGUUCACAGUGGACCUCUAUUGCGUCGAUUUAGCGUAAUAAAAAGUAAAACAUAAAGUGUAAAUUGACUAGAGUUUAAAAUAAUUUUAGACUCGUACAGAGACUUAAAUAAAUAAAUGAACAAACAAACAAUGAGAUAAUUAUACGGACAAACAUAUAUUGGAUUUAAAUUUGCAUACUCUGGGAGGUCGCCAGGUGUCCCAGAGGCACCGUUCGAAACUAACUUACACGCAGCUAAUUAUCCCCCAGCCGCGGUGGCAAACAACAUAGGAUCCCGGACUUUCCUCGAAGUUUUCUCCUCUAUGUCUUUUUUGAUCCGCGGGCGAUUAUUGAGGAACACUUCCAGCCUCCUCGAUCCGACUCUCCCGUGUUGUUUCUACUUGCUUAAAUAUAGAAAUGUACUGUUGUGGUCUCUAUCACACGCUGACGUUUGCGUUUGCACACCGUAGACGUCAUUCAAACGCUUUACGCCGCAUCUAUAGUUAUUUCGAAACAUUGCAGCCUAAACGUCGUAUAUGGCGUAAGCAUGAAAUGUCGAAAUUCGAUAAAGAAAAAGACGAAUUAUCGAUUGAAUCAGGCCAAUGUUAUUGUUCGUUAUAUAAUAGAGGUGACAAGCAACUUUUUGUUCAGGUGUUAUAGGCUUAGGAUGCCUUUUUUAUGGCAGUUUUAUUAUAGAUUCCUGCACGAUAGCUCUACGAUAUGUUUGAAUUGUUCUUGAUUGACACGAAAAUAUUCAAUAAAUUUAGUAUUGUUGUCUUUUAAGUGUUUCAUUAUCACAAUCUGGAAACAUCUUCUUUCUUCCUAAAUAAUCGGUGCCUUGUUGCUCUAAGUUUUCUUCGUAUGCAGUCGUCUUGUGCCUCCUCUUCAAAUAACACAAGCGGCGCCAAAAAUGACGAAUUUAUCCUUUUUAUAUCACACGACUACACGCUAAUACUGUUUGUCCACUAUUGUUGUGAACGUGACGUCGUUGUUCGCUUAUGAAAUGUAUUGACCGCUGACGCUGUACCUGGCGUUCAGACGUCGACCGGAACGUUUACGCUCAAAUCGGACGCUGCAUACAGUAUUUAAUAGGAGACCUUGGCCUAACUCUGCUCUAAUCUUUUCUCUAUUUUCACGCAAUAAUUUCUCAGGGCGUAACCUUGUGAGCGACUCCACUAACAAUCUUAUCUCGUUCUGUUAUGUAAAUAUUGUACUGAGACUUUUUUUUCUACUAUAAUCUCCGCAACUGCCUGUCUUUUACUUUCUUCUUUGUUUCCUCAAAAUUGGCGUUAUUUAGAUCUGCGUUCACCCGGUGUUCCCAUCUUGUUUGUGUUCUCCACCUUUUUCUUGGAAUUUUUCAUUAGAGUUUUUUCCUUUGUUAGAUCCAAUCUUUCAACGCCUUAGGUUACUGGCCGAAUCUCAUAUUGCAUAUUAUUUUAGGGUAUAAGAAAAUUCAUUAAAUUGCUAUACACUCGUAUAUACACCCCGUUUUUUUUUAAAAUAUAUUCGCGAAUAUUCUUUGCUAAAGUUAGUUUACAAAAAUCCGAAUACGUAUUCUUAAAACGUGACAAUCAAAGUCGUUCCUUUUAAGUUCUGUAUGUUGAAUGACUGUCUGCAUUACACAUAUAUUUUAUAUUUAAAAACGUCACAAAUACGGAGAUUUGGUUAAAAUAACGUUUUGUUUCGAACUAUUUUCUAGAUUUCUCAAUGAAUACUUGAAGAUACAUCCUCUUCUUAAACAUAUUGCUUAUAUACUUUUACAUUUAACCCAUCAUCUGUUAGUAAGUCAUCGUGAUUUGUAAGGUCACUUUUUGUUUCCAUGGUAUAAUAUUACUUAGUUGUAUUUUUUAUUGGAACUGAUUCUGUACGUUUUAAUAAAGAUAUAUACUUUUCUGGAA